ACGUGGCCGCUCCCACCCGGAGCGACGGCCACCUCGGCGGCGAGCGUUAAAGGGACAUCGCCCGCGAACAAGGCAAAGGGCGUCCAACGCGCCCUCUUCCAGAUCUCUCUCCCUCCCCUGCAGAUUUCCCAUUCCCAUUCCUCCCGGGAACGACGACGGAGGCGGGAGGGAGCGGAGCGUGAGAGCGUCCCGCCUCGAAGCAAACCCUAAUCGCCGCCUCCGAGCUCGCGGGGUGGCUUGGCCGGUGUCGGGUGACCGGGGAUCCGGUUCCGUGGAGUAGAGAGAGCGUGCGCGUGUGUGGUGGGUGGGUGUGAGGGAGAUCUAGGGCUCUCGCCGGCCAUGGCGAGCGCCGGCAUCGCCUACCCCGACCGCUUCUACGCCGCCGCGGCCUACGCCGGCUUCGGCGCCUACGGGGCCACCACCUCCUCCUCCGCCGCCAUCUCCCGCUUCCAGAACGACGUCGCCCUCCUCCUCUACGGCCUGCACCAGCAGGCAACGGUGGGGCCGUGCAAUGUACCCAAGCCAAGGGCGUGGAACCCCGUGGAGCAGAGCAAAUGGACGAGUUGGCAUGGGCUUGGAAGCAUGCCGCAAGCAGAGGCGAUGCGUCUUUUUGUCAAAAUAUUGGAGGAGGAAGAUCCUGGAUGGUACUCUAGGGUCCCUGAGCUCAACCCUCGGCCUGUUGUAGAUAUUGAAAUGCUUAAACCAAAGGAAGAGCCAAAUGUUCUACCAGCUUCGACAAAUGGAACAACACCAAUUCCAGAACCAAAAACCAUUUCUGAAAAUGGAAGUUCAGUGGAGACACAAGACAAAGUUGUUAUUCUGGAAGGCCUCAGUACUGUCAGUGCUCAUGAAGAAUGGACUGCAUUAUCUCCUAGCGGCCAGCGUCCUAAACCCCGUUAUGAGCAUGGGGCAACUGUAUUACAAGACAAAAUGUAUAUAUUUGGAGGAAACCACAACGGGCGUUAUCUUAGUGACCUUCAGGUUUUGGAUCUGAAGAGUUUGUCUUGGUCCAAGAUUGAUGCCAAAUUGCAAGCAGGAUCCUCUGAUUUAGCUAAAACAACACAAGUCUCUCCAUGUGCUGGCCAUUCUUUGAUAUCAUGGGGCAACAGAUUCUUCUCUAUUGCUGGGCAUACAAAAGAUCCAUCUGACAACGUUACAGUGAAGGAAUUUGAUCCUCAUACUUGUACCUGGUCGAUUGUCAGCACUUAUGGAAAACCACCGGUUUCUCGUGGAGGUCAGUCAGUGACUCUUGUUGGAACAACACUAGUCGUGUUUGGUGGUGAAGAUGCAAAACGAUGUCUUUUGAAUGACUUGCACAUUCUUGAUCUUGAAAGUAUGACAUGGGAUGAUGUGGAUGCAAUAGGCACCCCUCCUGCUCCAAGAUCAGAUCACGCUGCUGCUUGCCAUGCUGACCGCUAUCUUUUGAUUUUUGGUGGGGGAUCUCAUGCGACAUGUUUUAAUGACCUGCAUGUCCUUGAUUUGCAAACAAUGGAAUGGUCAAGACCCAAACAGCAGGGUCUGCUUCCAAGCCCACGAGCUGGCCACGCAGGUGCAACUGUCGGGGAGAAUUGGUACAUUGUUGGUGGUGGCAAUAACAAAAGUGGUGUCUCUGAAACACUUGUGCUUAACAUGUCAACUUUGGCGUGGUCAGUUGUCAGCACCGUAGAAGGACGUGUUCCUCUUGCCAGUGAGGGCAUGACUCUAGUGUGUAGCAAUUAUAGUGGAGAAGAUUAUCUCAUUUCCUUUGGAGGAUACAAUGGUCGGUAUAGCAAUGAGGUCUAUGCUCUUAAACUUAGUGUGAAAUCAGAUUUGCAGUCGAACACAGAAGACCAACCCAUCUCAGAUAGUACAUCCAGGGUUCUGGAACCUGAGGUUGAAAUCUCUCAAGAUGGGAAGAUACGGGAGAUAGCCAUGGACAAUUCUGAUUCGGUAAACAGAAAUGAUGAAGCAAGCGAACAACUUUUGGCAGCCCUUAAAGCUGAAAAGGAGGAACUAGAGGCAACACUUAACAGGGAAGGACUGCAAACUGUUCAGCUUAAAGAAGAGAUAACUGAAGCAGAGGCUAGAAAUGCUGAGCUAACAAAGGAACUUCAAGCUGUCCGUGGCCAACUUGCGGCUGAGCAGUCAAGAUGUUUCAAACUUGAGGUGGAUGUUGCAGAACUCCGGCAAAAGCUUCAGAGUCUGGAUGCGCUGGAAAGGGAGGUCGAGCUGCUUCGACGGCAGAGAGCCGCUUCUGAGCAGGCAGCAUUGGACGCGAAGCAGAAGCAAGGCUCCGGUGGCGUGUGGGGCUGGCUUGUCGGUACCCCUCCUGACGAUUCGGAAUCGUGAUCGCCCCACGGAGCGAUUGUUCUUAGUACUCCCCAUACAGGCCAAAAUUCAUAUACUUGUAACAUUUACACACACUUUUGACGAUGUCGUCUACAGUUACCCUUUCUUCUUCUUUUCCAUUUCAUGGCAUUGGUGUUCAUUAUACGACAGAACAAUAAGGUGUUGCUGGCGAGCAGUUAAUCAUCUCACCAUCAGACAGUCCAUACUCUGUCCAGCUCAUCGCAGUCACUCGGAUGUAGUAAUGUUACUAUGUUAGGUUGUAAUGGCGUGUACACAUCAUCCAUCCUGCCAGCAUUGAUUUUUUGAACUUUUUUAUACAUCUCAA